UGUUUCGCUUUUGCUGUUGACACGAUUGCUGCCAACUAUUUGCACACAACAAAAUAAUCAGAUUGCGCAUUUUGGGUCGUUCACGCAACAGAUUAUCUUCAAAAUGCUAAUUUUUUUAGAUAAUUUUAGAUAGAUAAUUGAGUAUUGAGUAUGAAUAUUGGUGAGAUGCAGAAUUUCUCAGAGAGUGGAAGCUAUGUAAACAUCACCUCUUAACUUUUAAAAUUUGACACUUUACAGCACUACUAAAAUAGUUCAAUCAGUUUAAGUUAUGAGUUUUGCAAGUAGCAAGUCAAAACAUGUAAACUGCGCCAUAAUUUCACAACAGCGCUCUUUAUAAAAACUUCUUAUAACAGAAUUUAUAAAAUAAGUUGAUCUAUUUCCAUUAUAAUAAUGUUGUCAGAAGACGAUUGUAAUUGUGAGUCAUCAGUGGAAAGUAAUUUACUUAAAACAAAUAGUUUGGAACAAGCCAACGCCUCUGAAGAAAACGUAAACAAUACAGAAAAUAAUGAAGCAGUGGAAGAAGCUGUUGCUGAUAUUAAUCAAAAUAUACCAACUGCAUCCAAUAACUGCACAGAACAGGUUAGAAAACGGAAACUACCAGUGUGGAUGUUAAGCAAAGACGACGACAGCAACAGUAACGAAAGUACAAAUGCGGCGAAACGUACUAAAGAUGAUGAUAAUCCUUUGCAAACAAAUGGUAAUGAAAAUGGUGAAUCCAGCGUUAAUAACAAUGCAACUCCAUGUAUCAAAACAGAACCCGUAAAUGAAAAUGAAGGUAAUGAAGUUGCAGCAGCUUCUAGUUCUGGUGUUAGUAAUUCUAAUAUAAAAGCUGAACCUUCUGAUGAGGAAGCAGAUAACGAAGUAGCAGCAGCUUCUAGUUCUGGUGUAAUUAAUCCGAGUAACAUAAAACCUGCAGUGAAAGUAGAGAAAAGCGAUGCCAGCUCUACAUCAAGGGAGUCUUGCAAAUAUGGCAUACGUUGUUACAGGCAAAAUCCCAUGCAUCGCAUUGAAGAAGCUCAUCCUGGCGAUCAUGAUUAUAAGCGUCCUUGUUAUUCACCUCCACCUGCAGGCACACCUGAUUGCCCAUUUGGCAAUAAAUGUUAUCGUCGAAAUCCAAUGCAUUUUAAACAAUACAGCCACCCGGCAGACACAAAUUUUGCACAAAAUUAUAAAAAUUAUCGGAUGAGGUUACGCCAGCGACGACAACAGCAAAAUUAUGCCGAAAUUGACGCAGCUAGUGGCAAUAGCACCGAUCUUGAUGAUUAUGAUUUGGAAGAUCCUUUUAUUGAUGAUGAGGGUUCGGAUUAUAUGCCUACUGAUGAUGAUGACGAUACCGAAGAUGAAAUAGAUAAGGCAGAGGAGUAAAUUGUUGCAGCAAUUCCAUAUUAUUUGUAAAUUAAUUUGUUAAUGUCUGUAUUAAAUCUAUUUUAAGU